AUGGCUACAUCGUCUGCAACCAAGCCCACCGUUCUCUUCAUGUCGCGGACCAACGACAUCCAAGGCCUCGAAAAACUCAAGGAAAAAGCCACGGUCAAGUAUGCACAGUUCAACGAAUCGGGAGACGCAGCCGAAGUCAUCGAGAAACACUCGUCCGCCCGAGCCAUAUGGAUCAUCACGCCGGCCAUCGCACAGCCCCGCCACCACCCAGCCGCCAACUUCCUCUCCAGAAAAGUCGUCGAGUACGUCCGGAACGGCGGCACCGUCGUGCUUGACCGCAUCUUCAACUACAUCACGCCCAGCGACUUCAACGAUUGGAUGCGGGACACGUGGGAUCUGCCCUGGCGGUUUGGGUGCCACGCAACGACGGUCGCGAUCAUCGAGCGCCCGGCCACGGGGCGAGACGCCAGCGGCAAGGGCUGGCAGCAGGGGCUGAUGCCUGUGUACAAGUCUCAAUUUGUGUGCCUCAAGAAUGUGGAGCUGAAGGAUGCGUGGUACGUGGUCCCGCGGGGCGCCACAGACGCGUCGGCGAGCCAAAAGCCCUCCGGCCUGCCCUGGGAUAUAGGCGGGCAGGCGCCGAUUGCAUUCACCAAGAUUGGGGCGGGGUAUUUGGGAUGGAUUGGUGAUGUGGAUAAUUCAGAGAAUGCUGUUUCGGUGGUCUUGGCGAUGAUGGGUCUGCAGGGCGACAAGUAA